GUCGUCGUCUGUCUGAUCAACAACAAGCUGCUCGUCUCUGAACACUGACAGUAUUAGUGUUUACAUCUUCAUCAUCCUCUUCAUCAGCUUCCUGUCUCCUGCUGCGCUGUGAUUGGUUGAGAUGACAGAGGUGAUGACCACCUGUGAGUCAGUGGGUGGAGCCUCUGGAGAGGAGGCUCUCCAGGUGUUUCCAGACCCUGCAGAGCGUUUUCCAAAACUUUCCAGGCUCCCCCCUUCCAUCGUAGUGGAGCCGACAGACGGAGGAGACGUGGAGAGCGGCGAGCUCCGCUGGCCUCCUGAUGAUGUCAGCAGUGAUGUCAGAGAGGACCAUGUUCUGGUGGCAGGUGCUCUGUUCACAGGUCCAGUUGUACCGGUGGAGGAGGCGGGGCCACAGGAGAAGGUGAUGGGCGGAGUUUAAAACCUCUAACUGAUGCCGCUCCUUACUCUGAGCCAAUCACUGAAGGUUUCUGUGACGAAGGCAGGGCGGGGCCAGCUCACAACCAGUCCCGCCCCUCGGCCAGGGGGCGGAGUCAGAUGAGGACAGACUGAGCGAAUGGUCCGUAGGAGAAAAACACACACACACACACACACACACACACACACACACACACACACACACACACACACUCACCUGAUAAAUGAGCUAACUCCGCCCCCUGCUGGAUCCACUCUGCAGUACAUCAUCAUCAUGGAUCAGUGUGACACUGCUGUGUUUUAAAGGGAUAGUCCGUCAACAUGUAGAGCAGACACAGCAGGUGAUCUGUCAGCAGGUUCAUGUUGUCAGUCAGACGUCAGCCAGUUAAAAAGAAGCAGGAGGAUAUUUGUCUUUAAUUCAUGUUCAGUUUUUAUAUGUUGUGAUCAAAGUCUCUGUUUGUCCUGUCUGACUGAUAAAAUCUCAGUUUAAUGAAGUUUAAUUAGAAAAUGAACCUUUAUCAGUUUGAUGUUUUCAGGAGGAACCAACAAGUCACUGACAGGAAGUCAGACGUGUUUAGAGAUGGGCCAGAUCCAUCAGCAUACAGAACAUUUAAUUAUAAUGUGUUUAUUUCCCUGUUAUCAAAGAUAUUCAUGUUUUGAAUAUUUCUUUAUGUUCUGCCUCAAGCUGUUUAUCUUUAAGAAUGUUUCAGAGGUCCAUUGUGAGCUUUUACUUUGAAAAGACUGUUGACACCUGGUUCCCGUUGAAUAAAGUCUGACCUUAGAGUU